CAUUAAUCUUGGUUUAAAGUUGAAAAGGUGAAUCAUUCAUCUUCUUUGCUCAUAACAUCCUGUCAUGAAACUUACUAAAUCAAAGAGAUAAUAAAAGUUGGUCACAACUAAUUGAUCCGUGUGUUGUUGACCUGGUCUCCCCGUUAUUUCCAGGGGUAACCAUUGCGCUGGAGACUACAGAGAGAAAGAGAUGGAACAACGUGGCAGUUAAUGUCUUAAAAGAACACCUCACAUUCUCAUAGGUAACCACACAACUAACCGAGAAUCAGAGCUCGACAAUCACUUAGACAACUACCUUAGCUAAUGUUGGACUACUUGACUUCCAACUAUGGAUUCAGACGAGCAAGCAUCUCAUGAAGGAGUCUCAUCAAACUCCAAAACAAAGAUGAACGAAGGAGAUACUCAAAGUAUUAGCGUUUCGUCCGAGAUCAAAUCGAUAUCCAUCUCUAGCUCUCACGACUCUUCGGGCGAUAUAGAUGGUGUUGAGGAGCAUCGUAACAUGAUGCUUGCCAGUCUACUCGAAGAUUAUAUCCGUACCCGCGCUGCCGAGUAUCUCAACGCUACUAAUCCGGGACAGAACUAUACGAGGCAGUCCCCAGAGAUCCAGCCUCUUGCUCGGCAACUGUUUGCGGACGCAAGCCGAACACUAUCAUCCAAUGGAGUGAUAUCCGACUUGGCGAUAUCUGAUGCCGUGAGAAAUUCUCGUCGCCAAUACCUGUCAGCCUUAGAUAAUCUGGUUGCUGGCUCUCAAGUACCGACCUCUCACCUCCCUAACGCGAUGCGAGACUUAGUCCUUGGAACGUCCCAACUUACCCUUAUGCCGCAUCCAUCUAAUGACUUGAAACUGACUCUCCAGCCACCCCCAGUACGAAGUCACUAUCAAUCUUCCUUCCAAGAAGGCGCUCUUUUAGGGAAAGGUGGCUUCGGAAAAGUAUAUAAGUGUUUUAACCCCUUGGAUCGAGGAACAUAUGCUGUAAAGAAGAUCCAGCUAUCCCCGAGACUCGGGAGAAGGUUUCGCGAUGGGAGACUUGAAGAACUUCAACAUAUUCUACGUGAAGUACAAGCUUUGGCCGCGCUAGAUCACCCUAACAUCGUGCGAUAUCAUGCUACCUGGCUUGAGGAGCCUCACCAACCACAGCCAGUCGAAAUCACACAUGAUUCUAGCACGAGAGCCGACGUAGGUCAAAGGCAACAAUUGUUAUUAGAUCACCGGCCAUUCUCUCACGAUGAAGGGGACAGAGCAGAGCUGUCAGUAAGUGGUGGGGUUGUUUUUGCAGAAGACACUCCAUCUUGCCGUGACAGCAAAGCCAACGACCAAUUGGUUAACGACCGGCAGUGGUUCGAACAGCGCACCUCUAGUAAUGCUGCUAUCGAGAGUCUUUCCCUGUCAAAUACUAGCGAUAUAUUUACAGACGGGAAAAGUAAGCCAUCAAACUCAAAUGAAGAGAAGGAGACUUUUGAUGCAGUCGGACACAUCUUAUACAUACAAAUGUCGCUAUACCCAAUGACACUAGCUCAGUAUAUAUCUCUUUCGUCAGGCGGAAGUAACGCCGUAAGACAUUGCUUUCAUCUUGUUCCUAGUCUUAGGCUCCUUCAUGCCAUACACGCUGGGCUACAGUACAUCCACACUAAAGGGUUUAUACACCGGGACAUUAAGCCAGGCAACAUCUUUCUCUCGUUGCCCGACACUGAGCCACGAGGCGGAUACUGUAGCCUUGCAUGCAAUUCCUGUCGAGCGAAGGCCGAAAAUUUGCCUCCGCAAUGGCUUAAUCCGCGUAUUGGCGAUUUCGGGCUAGUGACCCAGCUCGCGCGCGAGGGGUUGCCCCCAUCAUAUGCAAGCGACGACGGCUCGACAACGUCAGAUAGUCCUGUGGGUACUACCUACUACCGACCCCCACCCUCUAAAGAUGCCGACAAUGAGAAAGUCGACAUCUUCGCCCUGGGUAUUGUGUUCAUCGAGACGAUGUGCCCUUGUACCACAGCCAUGGAACGAGCUGAUAUGCUCAAGGGACUGCAGAUGGGCUAUGUACCGAAGAGUCUUGAGCAAGGGUUAAAAAACGAGGGAUACCCCCCCGAAGUUAUCGACGACGUAGUUUUGCUAGCGGAGGCAAUGGUUUGCCCUGACUCUAAGGCUAGAUGGUCUAGCCAGCAAGUGGACGAGGCGAUCGAAAGGGUUCUACGUAGAUGCGAAAGCUCAUAUCUGUGACUUCCCCAAACCAAAAAUCGCUAGUAGCUUGUAUACUAGAGGUACUUACUUGGACGGGUCGAGGCUAUGAUCUUCUACCUUGUUAUCAUGGUGAGGCUCGGAAUUUUCGUCACCUAUGUAAUAUACGAUCCAUCUCAUGUAAAUAAUAGGGGCGCGAUUACGUUCACCCAAAUAUCACUUUUUAAUCAC